UUUAUCUUUAAAAAAUCCAUAGACUUAAGAUUUUAAGGGUUAAUAACAAAAUUGAGGCUAUGGGGAAUACCCAUAAUGCUUUGCGCUUGAAUUAUUUAAUUAUGUUUUCUUGGUCAAAGGGAAGUUAGUGGGCAUUUAAGUUGUAAUUAAGAAUUUCUAGAGGUUUUAGCUCUUUUGUAGUAUUAUUUAUGUUGUUUCGCGUGAUGUCACCAUAGGGUGAUCAGUGUCCCAUUUGGUCAAGUUGGACCUUGUUGACUAAUUCUUUUUGCGUGUGAGCCGUUAAAGUGCUCCUAUGCAUUUCUUUGGAGAAUUAAGUUUAUUUAAUGACUGACCUAAAAUCAGCUAUGAUCUUUUUAUAGCUGUGCUAUUGUUUGAUCUAAAUUGAAUCAAUUCAUUUAAAAUGAUUGUAUGUUAUUAUUAAUAACAGUAGAAACAACAAUAUUUUAAUAGCAAAUCUAAUAGCAAAUCUGUUAAGUUCAUUAUGAACAACAAGUUACUUGAACUUAAUUACAAUUUUUGGAGACGCCAUUACUCAAUUCAACUGAGGGCACGAGUUUACUCAAUCAAAUGAGUGGAGUCAACUUAAUAAAGUUUUCAGUGGAUAGCCUACUUUAUAAUAAAGCGUGCAACACUGACUUCGGUCUAUCCCGCAACAACAACAGCAGUGAAAAUUCUUUCUUUGUUCACGUGGCGAAUGACUCAGGCAAAAAGACCAAAACAUAUUUAAUAAAUUAGCCAGAAAGAUGAGUAGGCCUGAGCCAGAAAGAAGAUGAUGAUGAGAGACAGGCAGGGAGAGCGAAAGAGAGAUGUUUGUGGUUGGACACAUUGAUGGUUGAUUUGGGGGACAGUGUGCAAGAGGGCUCUGGAAAGAGAGUGGAGUUUGCAGUGGUCUGAGGCGGGGAAGGAGGAGCGAAUCCAAGAGAGAAAGCCAGAGAGAGUUAUUGAGUGAUUGGCUGUCGAGUUUUGUUUAGUUGAGGGGCUGCACGAACUUUCCGUCUUUCCGUUUCUUUCUCAAAAAGGGAUUGCGGCGGAUAAGCGCGGAGUGGCUGGAAAGAACAAUAGCAAAAAAGUAGAUAUUGACCACGAAAACGCGUGACUUUAUUGGGAACAAAAACGCAUCACUUGGAUUUAUUUUUAUCUCACAAGUAGACGGAUUUUCACUGCAACGUCUAAGCCACUUUGACUUUCUUAUGACGCUUUACUAAAUUAGCAUAGAUUCGUAUAACAUGUAUUAAGUUGAGAGUGGCGUUUGUUUUUAGUUUUCUUUUCCUGGUUCUCAUCGUUACUGGUUGUUGAAUAUCUCUUUUUAGGUUUUACUUCUUUUCGGGGGGUUUUCUGUCAACGUCAUUGCACAGCUGACUUGCAUUCGUAUGUCAGAUGACGACUGAGAGCUCCUACACAGCACUGGGGUCGACGCCCCCCAUGAGGACCAGUCCCGCGGCAAUCGCGCUACAUCCCGGACUGAUGAACUCGACAGGUAGCUUGGAGGACCAUGGUGCGGUGUCCAAGAGCAAAAAGACCGCCUCAGGGUUGCGACGCCCAGAGAAACCGCCCUACUCUUACAUUGCUCUCAUUGUGAUGGCAAUUCAGAGUGCACCAACCAAGCGUCUUACACUCAGUGAGAUAUACCAAUUCUUACAAACGCGAUUCCCAUUUUUCCGAGGCUCUUAUCAGGGCUGGAAAAACUCUGUUCGGCACAAUUUGUCUCUGAACGAGUGCUUUAUUAAACUACCAAAGGGUCUUGGGCGGCCAGGGAAGGGACAUUACUGGACCAUAGACCCCACCAGUGAGUUUAUGUUCGAAGAAGGCUCAUUUCGUCGAAGACCGCGAGGAUUUCGGAGAAAAUGUCAGGCUAUGAAACCGAUGUACCGAAUGAUGAACGGCCUAGGGUUCGGCUCCGCCAUUUUUCCUCAAAGCUUUGACUACCAACCUCCCAACGGAGCUAUUGCGUGCCAUGGCAGUGGCUAUAACCUGGACCUCUCUAGUAAUGGUUAUGAGUCAAUAAGCAGCGGCCACCACAGUCAUAUGUCCCCCAGCUCCAGACAUGGCUACAUGGCCAGCUGUCCAGUGCCGGGAAACGGAGACUAUGGCGCGGAGAGCAACACCAGUCCAAUCCCGUCAAUUGCGAGCGCGCUUGAGGGCCACUCGCCGUAUUCAGAAGGCACGGCAGUCUGGGCUUCUUCGGGCUCUCCAUACCUCAAACAGUCGACUACCAACUCGAGCAAUUCAGCGUCCACAGGGCAGCACCCCGGCAUUUUCACAUACUCUCUGGAGCAGGGUUACAUACAGCAAAGCGCGAGAGACAACACUGAUAUUUCAGUGGGUAUAUCACGCUAUCCGACACAUUCUUCCACCGUCGGAGAACGGAAGGACUUCGUGUUGAAUUUGAACGGGAUUUCGUCCUUCCAUCCGUCAGCUGGUGGAUAUUAUCAUCACCACCAUCACCAUCAUCACCACCAUCAAAGCAUGCACCAAGAUGUCAAACCUUGCGUGAUGUAGGCAGUAUGUUGUGGAGCAAGCUGCACAAAAGAUAAGCACUUGGAUAACUGUGAGGCAAAGAGAAUUAUGAAAAUAUUAAUGUACGCACAAAAUGCUUGCAGAAGUAUUUUCCAAAAUUAGCGAAAAAAAAGUGACAACAUGAGUAUUCAACAGAGCAUGGAGCGUAUAUGAAUCAAUACGCGAAUGACUGUCUGUUCUUAAAACUGUUGGACUAGCUAUUUUUCAGUUUGAAUUAAGCACGUGACCAUAUUUCACUUAACCUGUUAAUUGCAAUGUGAUUUCGAAGUUAAUAAUAAAACAUUUCA